UUCUCCACUACAUUUCCACUCACUCAUUAUUGUCAUUAAGCCAUUCACGUUCCCAUCUUCCCCGCCAAAUCAUAACACCUCAAUAAUGCCGCCCUCCUCCGCAGACGAUGCCCUAUAUCACUGCUGCCGCCUCUCCCUCAACCUCAUUUCACUCCCAACUUUCCUCGCCUGCCACUUCAUCCAAGCCCCUUACGGCCGCCACCUCCGCUCAGGGUGGGGCCCCACCAUCCCUUCAUGGCUCUCUUGGAUCCUUAUGGAAUGCCCGGCUGUCUUUUUCUCUCUCCUCAUCUACCCUUUCGGCCGCCAUGCCUCCUCGCUCCAAUCUCUCACUCUCCUCUCUAUCUUCCUCCUCCACUACAUCCAUCGCUCCUUCAUCUACCCCUUGCGCCUUCCCCGGAAAACCGCUAGUGUUUUCCCGGUCUCUAUUUCUCUCAUGGCAUUCUCCUUCAACUUACUGAAUUCCUACGUUCAGAUAAGGUGGGUGUCGCACUACGCGAAUUACGAUUCGGAUGAGUGGUUUUUAGGGCGGUUUGCCGGUGGGUUGGCGGUUUUUAUUACUGGCAUGGUGGUGAAUGUGAAAUCGGAUUUGGUUUUAGUGGGCUUAAAGGCUCAAGGUGGUGGAUAUAAGAUUCCUAGGAGUGGGCUUUUUGAGUUAGUGAGCUGCCCAAAUUAUUUGGGUGAAAUUAUUGAGUGGUUGGGCUGGGCUAUUAUGACAUGGUCUUGGGCCGGGUUUGGGUUCUUCUUGUAUACUUCUGCUAAUUUGGUGCCUAGAGCAAUGGGCAAUCAUAAGUGGUACUUGGAGAAGUUUAAAGAGGAAUAUCCAAAGAAUAGAAAAGCUGUAAUUCCAUUUUUGUACUAGUUAAUUUGCUAAGUUAUAAUUUUACCAUAUGUGAUUAAGUGACUUGUAUGUGUAAAAUUAAAGUUAAUGGUUUUCGUAUUUUGUUAA